AUGGACUCCCAGUUCUCAAGAUUGAAGGAGCACCAGGAGCCGCCGAACCAGCUGACAGAGGCGGAUUGGUUUUUUUCAAGCACUCUGAAAUUACAGAGGUGCAAAGAUGUCCUGAGGGUCAAACCAAGCUUUGGGACGGUUAAAUCAAGACUUUGGAAGCGCUGGAUCCUUCCUCCAAAGAAUCUUCACCUUGUCAUGCUUGUUCUGCGAUUUCAAUCUGCAACUUACGUCUUCAAAAAUGAAAAAUCGUACUGGCUCUCUUCUCCAGGAUUGUGCCUAAAAGCCUUCCGUGCCACUGCAUUUAUCAAGUGUAAUGAUGCUCGCAGAUCGCCAUUCUGGCUCACUACCAUUGACAAUGACUCUGAGUUCAAAGAAUCGGAGAGUAAUACAAUCAAGUCAGGAAACCUCCGUACCAGCGUCUCAAGAUUCCAAGUUCGCGUCAAAUCGACUGACGGACGUCAUUAA